AAUUUAAAUAGUGUUUGAUUAUUGCUAAUAUAAUAGCGUGAAUUUCAAUUCCUUUGUAACAAAGUGCUGGCCUAGAUGAUGUAUACCAAUAUAAUCACAAGUAGCUAAGUGAACAAAGCAUAAAGCUUGUAGUAACAGAGCUCAGUCCCCCUCCAUCAAUGGCGGAUCAAGAUUGCAAGCUUCAUAUAGUGAUGUUCCCAUGGUUAGCUUUCGGCCACAUGAUUCCAUUUCUAGAGCUCACCAAGCUCAUAGCUCAAAAGGGUCACAAAGUCUCCUUCGUUUCCACUCCCAGAAACAUCGAUCGCCUCCCCAAACUCCCCCCGUCCCUAGCUUCUCUCAUCAAUUUUGUCAAGCUUCCUCUCCCGCCGAUACCAAACCUGCCGGAAAACGCAGAGGCCACCAUCGACCUCCCGUACGACGACGUGAAGUACCUCAAGAAAGCGCACGAUGGUCUCCGAGAAGCCAUGGCUAAGUUUCUUGAAGAAUAUCGUCCAGAUUGGGUUUUGUUCGAUUUCGAUGCUUACUGGGUACCGGAGGUCGCGUCGGAAUUCGGUGUUUCGACGGCUUUCUUCAGUAUCUACAUUGCCGCUUUAUUGGGCUUCAUUGGGCCUGGACCGUCGGAUGUUAAGUAUGAAAAGAGGACGACGGCGGAGGAAUUCACCGUCCGGCCAAAAUGGGUGCGGUUCGAUACGCCGGUUGCUUAUCGGCUUCACGAAGUUUUGAGGAUUUUCAACGACAGCGUGGCCGGCGAUGAAGACAACGUUUCGGAUUUGUUCCGUUUCCAGUCGAGCGCUGAACGGUGCGAUGUUUUGGCGGUGAGGAGCUGCUCGGAAUUCGAGCCGGAAUGGUUAAACGUCCUGGAGGAGAUCCACGGGAAACAGGUUUUUCCGGUGGGGCAACUGCCGACGACAGGUUUUGACGGCGGCGAUGACGGCACGAACGAGUCAUGGAACGAGACGAAACGGUGGCUGGAUAAUCAAGCUAGACGGUCAGUAGUUUACGUAGCGUUCGGGAGCGAGGUGAAACCGAGUCAACUCGAACUCACCGAGAUUGCACUGGGUUUAGAGCUCUCCGGCCUGCCAUUCUUCUGGGUUCUCAGAACCAAGCGCGGCGACACCGAUUCAAACUCAGUACAGCUGCCGGAGGGCUUCGAAGAGCGCACUAGAAACCGCGGGGUCGUGUGCACGAGUUGGGCGCCGCAACUCAGGAUACUGAGUCAUGACUCGGUCGGCGGGUUCUUGACACAUUCCGGGUGGAGCUCGGUGGUGGAGGCGAUACAGUUUGAGAAGCCGUUAGUUCUGUUAACAUUCUUGUCGGACCAGGGAAUAAACUCGAGGGUUAUAGAGGAGAAGAAGAUGGGGUAUCCGAUCCCGAGAGACCCGAGAGACGGGUCGUUUACGCGUGACUCGGUGGCGAACUCGGUACGGCUGGUGGUGGCGGAGGAAGACGGCAGGAUUUACAGAGAUAAAAUAAAAGAGAUGAAGGGAUUGUUCUGUGACAAGGAUAGGCAGGAUGCUUAUGUGGAAAGGUUAUUAUGUCACCUUCGCAGCCAUAGAAACCCCCAAAACUCAUCACUUUCUUCCUAAUCAUUAAGUAAUCACAUAAACAGCUCAGUUGACCACUAGUGAAAUUUAAAUGCAAUGAUUCAGGAUCGAAUCUCA